AUGUGGACCCAGGACUGUGAAAGGGUGCGCGAGAAAAGGGAGCGCGAGAAAAGGGCGAGCGAGAAACGAGCGCGCGAGAAACGGGCGCGCGAGAAACGGGCGCACGAGAAAAGGGCGCUCGAGAAAAAGAAAAGGGUGUGUGAGAAAAGGGCGCUCGAGAAAAGCGCGCUUGAGAAAAGGUCGCCCGAGAAACGAGCGCAUGAGAAACGGGCGCGCGCGAGAAAAAGGCGAGCGAGAAAAAGGCGCGCGAGAAAAAGGCGAGCGAGAAAAAGACGCGCGAGAAAAGGACGCGCGAGAAAAAGGCGCGCGAGAAAAGGGCGCGCGAGAAAAAGUCGCACGAGAAAAAGUCGCACGAGAAAAAGGCGCGCGAGAAAAGGGCGCGCGAGAAAAAGGCGCGAGAAAAAGUCGCGUGCGAGAAAAAGUCGCGAGAGAAAAAGGCGUGCGAGAAAAAGUCGCGAGAGAAAAAGGCGUGCGAGAAAAAGGGCGCGCGAGAAAAGGGCGAGCGAGGAAAGGGAGAGCGAGAAAAGGGCGCACGAGAAAAAGGCGCGCGAGAAGAGGGCGCGCAAGAAAAAGGCGCAGGAGAAAAAGGCGUGCGAGAAAAAGGCGCGCGAGAAAAAGGCGUGCGAGAAAAAGACGCGCGAGAAAAGGACGCGCAAGAAAAAGGCGCGCGAGAAAAAGGCGCGCGAGAAAUAUGCGCGCGAGAAAAGCGCGCGCGAGAAAAAGGCGUGCGAGAAAAAGGCGCGCGAGAAAAAGGCGCGCGAGAAAAAGGCGAGCGAGAAAAAGGCGAGCGAGAAAAGGGUUUGCGAGAAAAAGGCGCGCGAGAAAAAGGCGCGCGAGAAAAAGGCGAGCGAGAAAAAGGCGCGCGAGAAAAAGGCGCGCGAGAAAAAGGCGAGCGAGAAAAAGGCGCGCGAGAAAAAGGCGAGCGAGAAAAAGACGCGCGAGAACAAGCGCGAGAAAAAGCGCGAGAAAAAGGCGCGCGAGAAAAAGGCGCGCGAGAAAAAGGCGAGCGAGAAAAAGGCGCGCAAGAAAGAGUCGCGCGAGAAAAAGGCGAGCGAGAAAAAGGCGCGCGAGAAAAAGGCGAGCGAGAAAAAGACGCGCGAGAAAAAGGCGCGCGAGAAAAAGGCGCGCGAGAAAAAGGCGCGCGAGAAAAAGGCGCGCGAGAAAAAGACGCGCGAGAAAAAGGCGCGCGAGAAAAAGGCGCGCGAGAAAAAGGCGAGCGAGAAAAAGGCGCGCGAGAAAAAGGCGAGCGAGAAAAAGACGCGCGAGAAAAAGGCGCGCGAGAGAAAGGCGUGCGAGAAAAGGACGCGCGAGAAAAAGGCGCGCGAGAAAAAGGCGAGCGAGAAAAAAGCGCGCGAGAAAAAGGCGAGCGAGAAAAAGACGCGCGAGAAAAGGACGCGCGAGAAAAAGUCGCUUGAGAAAAAGGCGCGCGAGAAAAGGGCGAGCGAGAAAAAGACGCGCGAGAAAAGGACGCGCGAGGAAAAGGCGUGCGAGAAAACGGCGCGCGAGGAAAAGACGCGCGAGAAAAGGACGCGCAAGAAAAAGACGCGCGAGAAAAGGACGCGCAAGAAAAAGGCGCGCGAGAAAAAGGCAUGCGAGAAAAAUGCGCGCGAGAAAAGGGCGCUCGAAAAAAGGGCUCGCGAGAAAAGGGCGCGCGAGAAAAGGGCGCACGAGAAACGGGCGCGCGAGAAAAGGGCGCGCGAGAAAAGGGUGCAUGAGAAAAGGGAUGGCGAGAAAAGGGCGAUCGAGAAAAGGGCGCACGAGAAACUGGCGCGCGAGAAAAGGGCGCGCGAGAAAAAGUCGCGCGAGAAAAAGUCGCGCGAGAAAAGCGCGCGCGAGAAAAGGGCGCGUGAGAAAAGGGUGCGCGAGAAAAAGGCGAGCGAGAAAAAGGCGCGCGAGAAAUAUGCGCGCGAAAAAAGCGCGCGCGAGAAAAAGGCGUGCGAGAAAAAGGCGAGCGAGAAAAGAGCGCGCGAGAAAAAGGCGCGCGAGAAAAAGGCGCGCGAGAAAAAGAGGAGAGAGAGAAACGAAAGAAAAGAGAGAAAUGAGAAAGAGAAGCGAGAGAAACGAGAGAAAAGAGAGAGAGAAGCGAGAGAGAGCAGCGAG